GUUCUAAUCCUUUUUCCCGUACAGAUCCCUCGGUUUAUUUUGACUUCUUGUGCUUCCUGUAGGAAAAGACUUUUUUCAGGUAGACUUCUUCUAAGAGUCAGAAGUCCAAGUCCAGUUACUGCUGCAGUUGUACAACAGUGUUUGGAAUGUUUGCAGCCAUAUAAGCAACGAGUUUCUUCUUGGGGAAUAAAAUCAGCAGUGUUGAUAUUACAAAAUGACAAAACAUCCUCCGAAUAGAAGAGGGAUCAACUUUGAGGUGGGAGCCCAGUUGGAAGCCCGUGACAGAUUAAAAAACUGGUAUCCAGCUCACAUUGAAGAAAUUGAUUAUGAAGAAGGAAAAGUACUUAUCCAUUUCAAACGCUGGAACCAUAGAUAUGAUGAAUGGUUUUGUUGGGACAGUCCUUAUUUGCGUCCCUUAGAGAAAAUACAGUUAAGAAAAGAAGGAUUACAUGAGGAAGAAGGUUGUGCAGGAUUUCAUAUAAAUGAUCAGGUAUUGGCAUGCUGGUCUGAUUGUCGCUUCUAUCCAGCCAAAGUUACUGCUGUUAACAAAGAUGGUACAUACACUGUGAAAUUUUAUGAUGGUGUAGUUCAGACUGUCAAAAACAUUCAUGUCAAAGCUUUUUCCAAAGAUCAGAAUAUUGUGGGUAAUGCUAAGCCUAAGGAAAGAGGUAAUGAAAUUCCGUCGUCUCCUGAAAAGCGGGAGAAAUUUAAAGAACAGAGGAAAGCCACAGGUAAUGCAAAGAAAGACAAGGAUGAAAAGACAUUGAAGACUGAGAAAAGAGUUAGGCAACCUGAUAAAGAAGGAAAAUUGAUAGUCAUCUCAGAAAAAGGCAAGGUCUCAGAAAAGAAUAUAUCUAAGAAUGGAAAAGAAGAUAAAGAGAAUAUAUCAGAGAAUGAUAUGGAAUAUUCAGUAGAUACACAAAUUGAGAAGAAGCCUGAGAAUGACAAUGUAAAGAGUCCACAGGAAAACGCAAAAGAAACUAAACGAAAACGUGGAAGACCACCGAUAACACCUCCAACAGAGCCAAGUUCUCAGACGCUGCAGCCCAUAACUUUGGAGUUAAGACGUCGGAAAAUACCUAAAGGAGGUGAAGUUCCAUCGAAGCGUCCCAGGAUUGAAAAAAACUUGUCUCAGGAAAAAUUGAAGAACUCUUCAGAUAACCCUGAAAGAGACCAGAUCAGGAGACGAUCUUCAAGACUCUCGUCUAGUAUUAGCCAUGAGAUUUUAAAUACAGAUCAUGUCACAACUUCAACGGAAAUUCAGCCUUUGAAAGAUGCAGUAUGUAAUCAAAAGAAAUCUGAGAAGGUCCAGUUAGAAAUUCCUGUUGAAUCUGACCAAAGUUUCAGUGAACAAGGGUCUCCUGGAAACACAUCGCAUAGCACAGCACUCAGUACAGAUGCCAGUUUACAGGAAGAAAAAGUUGAAGACACUGUGUCUUCCUCUGUUACUGUCAGAACUCAAGAACCUGCUGCUGCUACAGUAACAAAACCUUGUAGGAGAGCAGAUUUUCUUGCAUCAAAAAAAGCUGCAACUGUUGAUCAAGAUCACAAGUUUAGAUGCAAGUUCUUGGACUGUUCAAAAUCCUUCCGCAAAGCCAAGUUAUUGCAUUAUCACAUGAAAUACUUUCAUGGAGUGGAGAAGGCUGCAGAAUCACAGCAGAACCCUGUAAAAAGAAAUAUUCAAACCAGAGCUUCUUUGGCUUCUGAAAAAGCUAAUCAAGAAAGGUCAAAAAGAGGACGGACCACAGCUGGUUCACUGUAUGCUCCUCUACACAUAGCCCUAAGGAGUACCCCAUACAGAGAUGAAAAAAUAGAAAAGAGAAGAACUUCAACUCCUGUAAGUGCAUUAAAUAGUCACCGACAUUCUGUUAGAGAACAAACCAAGAACCACAUAGUGAGAUCACUGCGGAAGCCUCAAGAAAGAAUUGAAAAUGCUGUUAAAGAACAUGAGAAGAACAAAGAAAGAAAAUCCAAAGACUAUGGAAGGUCCAAGUCAAAGAAAAAGAAAAAAAAGAAAAAGAGAACUAAGCCUGAAUACUCUGGCAGUGAAGAAAACACAGAUAUUUCGCAGGAGCUUUCUCCUGAAAAAUCAGUUGUCACAAAAUGUAUUUCUUCAAAUAAAUCAUCUGCCCAUCCAAGCACACUGCUACACUGCUCUGAUUCUGGACAGCACAGAGGAAAAUCAAAAACAAAUGAGGAUGACACCCUGAGUGAGUCAUCUGUGGAUAGCUUGCUUUGGAGUGAUGAUGACUGCAGUCAGGAUGUUGAUGUAACCACGAACCCUGAUGAAGAAGUUGAAGAAAGUGAUUUUGAGAUUGUUCGGUGUGUUUGUGAAGUAAAAGAAGAAAAUGACUUCAUGAUUCAGUGUGAAGAGUGUCUGUGCUGGCAGCAUGGAGUCUGUAUGGGUUUACUGGAAGAUAAUGUACCUGAGAAAUAUACCUGCUAUAUUUGCCAAGAUCCUCCAGGUCAGAGGUCCAGCUUAAAGUACUGGUAUGAGAAGGAGUGGUUAAGUAAUGGUCACAUGCAUGGCUUAGCAUUUUUGGAAGAAAAUUAUUCCCACCAGAAUGCCAAGAAGAUAGUAGCCACUCACCAACUUCUUGGCGAUGUACAGAGAGUGAUAGAAGUACUGCAUGGACUGCAGCUGAAGAUGAGCAUAUUACAAAAUAAAGAACAUCCUGACCUAAAGCUUUGGUGCCAUCCCUGGAAGCACAUUACGGUGGAUGAAAAAAUUCAUACAAAACACAUCAUUCACAUUGAGGAAAACUGUUGCAAAGAGGAGACAACAAGUUAUAGAACUUGGAAUGGGACAGUUGAGAAACCCUCAACCAUUCCUUCUGUGGAGGAGUCUUACAUUACCAGUGAACACUGUUACCAGAAGCCUCGGGCCUACUACCCUGCGAUAGAGCAGAGAUUGGUUGUGGAAACUAGAGGUUCAGCCAUGGAUGAUGGAGUAAAUAGAAUAAGGGAGAACGGGGAUGAUGCCCUGUCAGAGAGAUUUGGCUGGAAUCUGGACCGAGAAAUAUGCAAGAUGGAAAAUGAAUCCAAACACAAUUACUCUAAGGUAAGAGAGUCUGUCUCAAAGAAAGUCUCUCCAGAGGAAGCUAUUGAAAUGAAAUUGCUGGAAAAAGACAAAGAAGGAGUUGUGAACUCGCAGCUGCAGUGGCAGCUUAAUCUUUUAGCUCAUGUGGAAUCGCUGCAAGAUGAAGUCAUACACAGAAUGGAUUUCAUUGAGAAGGAGCUAGAUGUUUUGGAGAGCUGGCUGGAUUAUACAGGAGAGCUGGAACCACCAGAACCACUGGCUCGACUCCCACAACUCAAACAUUGUAUAAAGCAGCUUAUAACGGACCUAGGCAAAGUGCAACAGAUUGCACUUUGCUGCUCAACAUGAGACUAGAAAAUGUUGGAGACUGUUACUGAGUGUGAAGUUGGAGCAUCUGAUGUGAACAGCUCUGUAUAUUUAAAUGAAAUUAGCAUGCUGGUUGCAUGUGAUGCAGAUUGACUUCAGGGAUUUGUGAAGAAGUGCUGUUCAAAGAACAGCAAAAAGGUUAUUUUAUCUCAUCGUAAUUUCGGGUUUAUUAGGCAAUUAUAACGUAUGGAAGAGGUCAUACUGUUGUCUUCAGAGGUUGGGUGUUGGUUCAUAAAUGAUACUUAAAUUUUCACUCCUUACAAGUUGCUCAUUGAAAUGGUAGACUUUUUCAUAAUUAAACUGACUAAAAAUUGUGCCACUGAAGAACAGAGUUCUAAGAGCCAAAAAUGUUUAGUUGACAGAGGUUGUAAAUAACUUUGCAUAGUUUAAGUGACUUGUGUCAUGUUUUAUUCCUUCUGGUUUAUGCAUAAUAGCACACAGUAUUUAAUCAUUAGGAAAUGUUAUAACAGUUUUCAGACUUAGUAAGUAUGAAUGUCCAGCUCUUAACUAUAAAGUGUUACGUGGAAGUUUGCAAGUAACAGUGGCCUAAACCCCACUUCUGUGUUAAAUGAUGUAGCAGAAGGUCACAGGUGGAUUGCACUUAUUUUCAGAAUAAAUGAUUGUUUUCCAUAUUUAUCCUGUCACUAUCACAUGACUUGGUACUGGGGAAACCCAUUAAUGUUGUGUUUAUGUGCAUUCUUGAGCUCUUAAACAUGGCCAUACUGUGCCUCCUGAAGCAGUGCUAGUGGGACACCCUUGUUGCGGCAGUAUGAAAUACCGCUGUGAAAAGACUGGAGAUGUGCUCGGAGUUCCAGACUUCAACAAGGUCUGUAAUGGACGUUAUGUAGUUUUCUACCCAUUUGUUAAUAAUUGCCAUUCCGGUUAUAUUUUGAAAUGUAGACUUUUUUCAAUACUCUGAACGUGUUCAUUGUAAAGACUUACUCUAUGAAUGUGUGGUUUUGGGAAUCAGUUUAUUUUAUAUUUGUGUAAAUAAAGCCUCAAGAUCUAUGCAUGAGGUACUGUCCUCUCAGACAGCGAGUGGGUUAUUAUCUUAAAUGGUGUAUGUUCACAAAGUCCCUUUUUGUACCUUAAGUUUUAAUUUUCUGGUUUGUAUUACUUUGAGAGCAAGGUGAAAAUGCUGCUUAUGUUCCCAUCACAUUAUACAGUACCUUUUGAAACGUUGGUGUAUCGUAAGUAUUUGAGACGUUAAAAGUCUUUCAGCUGCAGAUCAUAGCUCCAUAAAUAAUGACUGUGACUUUAGUUUUCCUUCCCAAAUGUUGCUGAGUUACGUUCACUGUGGAAAAUGGUAAGCUGUUUUUGCAGUUAGAGGGUGUCCUUAAAAAGCUGGAUUUGUUACCUUGAUUUUAUUGUGUGUGAUGGUACCACCAAAGGGUAAAAUUUAAGCACAGUUGUAAUUAAAAGGCCCAUAACUGUACAAAUUAUUAAUUUUGGAUAUGAAUCUGUAAUGUUUGUAUACUGCGAAGAAUAAUGUAAACUUGAAAUAUCCAAUAUUAUUGUAGGAGUUAAUGGUAUCUACACAGUGAGUAUUUUAUUUCCUUCAGAAAACAAAAUAAUUAGGCUACUCUAGUAACUGAGGCUUUUGUGCCAAGACUCAUUUCAGGGAAUAAUUUGUCUCACAGUUUUAUAGUACUAGUUGGUAUAUAGUGAAUACAACAUAUGUACAGCAGAAAAAUAAACUUAUUUUUCUGUAACACGA